AAGAUACAUACAAUGAAUAUAUAACUUAGAAAUAAGAGUGUUGCUUCCCAAGUGCGUUAUGCGCUCAUCACAAUCACAUAAAAUAUUUAUAUGAACAUAUGUAUAUCAUGUAAAACGUGUCACCAAGUUAGUUACUUUUAGUUUUGACUUGACAUCAAAACCAAACGCGUUAGUUGACAGUAUCAAAAUUAUGUGAAUAACAUGUCCCUACCAAGUUCCAACCAUUUUUGGUUCUGACACAUCAGGAAAUGUUUCGAGCGCGCGGGAAUUUUCAUGGAACGUCUACUCUUGUCACACAUUGACACCUACAAAGAUAUAUAACGUUUUAAUAUAACGCAGAUGGCUGUACAUUGGUCUGCGAAAAUGUUAACGACAAUUUUACUCGAUUUUACAAUUAUCAAUCUUUAUCACGCACACAAUUUGAAAGUUUCGUGCGCACGGUGUAAACGAUGCGCUUGCAAAAUGUACAGCGAGUCGCCUGGCGACAGUUGGCUGGGGUGCCUCGGACGCGGGGGUGCAACGCGGGUUACGAAUUCGUCGCGCGUGUUUCGACGGGACAAGAGAACGGACACGCGCGCCCGUUCUACGUGGAGCAUCAUGUUGUCAUCGUCGUCGGGUGGUCUUUCCAUUUUCCCGUUCCGCUCGUAGUCCGGCGUGCCUAUGAGUUGCGCGCGAGCACUCGCAUGCGGGUGCAUGUGCCGCUGGAUGUAAACGCUUGCGCAGACGUCGAGCAUCGCCAGACAGCUCGCCGCGACGGGUGCAUCCCGCGGCAGUUCGCGGUCGUCUUCUAAGGCAGGCUCAUUAGUUGCUCCAGCAUCCGGCCGCGACAGAUACACAUUUUCAUACGUUCCUCGUUACUCUCGCGUGCGAUCCAUCUCCCCUGUCCUCCCAUUCCUCCCCCUGUCCUUCAGAUUAAGCACUCCAAUUUCACCCUCGUUCCCUCUCGAUCACCUUCUCGAGUCUCGGUUCGGAGGGUGGUUUCGCUCGGAUGGUCUUUGGUGCACGUGCGAGUCGCGCUGCGCUGGACCACGCGCGUUCUCCAGUUCGUGAUCGACGCACGUGAACACCGUGGAUAUCGUUGUGAUUCCCGAGAUCGAUGCCGGCUUCGAGAGAGCGUGCUGCUACUGUCGUUCUAGAGUUUAUCUUACGGUACCCGGCCGCACCGGAAGUCGCGUCCCAUGGAUGGUGUCUAGCUUUCGACGAUUUCGAGCGACCGUUUCUGAGAUCGUUCGCGUGAACCGGUAAAGUUCAUAAGUUCAACCGAUCGUGGUGCACCCCCUCGCAUGAACCCCGACAAGUUGCUGCGGCCUGAGCGCGGAAAGGUCUAGGUUGCCAAAGCCGAGCAGAACGAAGCGACGUCCGCCGCGAGCCGGACGGGGAGGACGCGUAGGCGUCGGGGUUGAUCGGGGUCGUCGACACGACGCCAGGCGCGGCGGGGAAGAGGAGGACGACGGGGGCGACGGUGCGCUUACGCUAGCGUUUCGGCUGAUGGUCGAAACGCCGAUCCGCCACUUGACGCUCAAGUUCUCGAUGCUGCAGCCACCGUCUCCCCUCCUGGAGAUGGCGUCUCUGCGUCUACCGGACUCGGAGGAGUUCGACGUCGACACGCGCCGCAGGAGCAACAACGGCAACGUGCCGGUCACGACAGUCGCGUCCGCGCCGCCGGGUACCGGUGCCUUGUUGCAGAUGAGGAACGAUCUUGGCGAUUACCUCAGCAACCUGAUCACGGAGGCGAUCGCGACGACAAGUCCGCGAGCCACCAUGGAGGACCAGAUCCACGGACUGUUCAACGCUAGCAAGACCAAUCUAUCAGCGAUCGAGCAAACGCCCGAUCGGCUCUACAGGCACAGCAUGGCCAUGUCGGCGGUCUAUUGCGUGGCUUAUGUGGUCGUCUUCGUGGUCGGCUUGAUCGGCAACAGUUUUGUCAUCGCCGUGGUGUAUCGGUCGCCCCGCAUGCGGACCGUCACGAACUUCUUCAUCGUCAAUCUCGCGGUGGCCGACGUGCUCGUCAUCGUCUUCUGCCUGCCAGCCACGUUGAUGAGCAAUAUCUUUGUGCCGUGGAUCCUGGGAUGGUUCAUGUGCAAAGCGGUCGCUUACAUACAGGGGGUCUCCGUAGCAGCUUCCGUCUACAGCCUGGUCGCGGUGUCUCUAGACAGAUUUUUGGCGAUCUGGUGGCCGCUGAAGUGUCAAAUCACGAAACGGCGUGCUCGCAUGAUGAUCGUCGUGAUCUGGUUCAUCGCUCUGACGAUGACGUCGCCCUGGCUGCUGUUCUUCGACUUGGUCUCCAUCUACGACGAUGAUCCCGAUCUGCGGCUCUGUCUGGAAACAUGGCCACAUCCUGAGGAUGGCUCGCUGUUCUUUCUGAUCGGCAACCUGACCCUCUGUUACGUGCUGCCAAUGAUUCUCAUAUCGCUCUGCUACAUUCUCAUAUGGAUCAAGGUGUGGCGCAGGCAUAUACCCACAGACACCAAGGACGCUCAGAUGGAGAGAAUCCAGCAGAAGUCGAAGGUGAAGGUGGUGAAAAUGCUGGUCGUGGUCGUGAUACUCUUCGUCCUCUCGUGGCUGCCUCUCUACGUGAUCUUCGCCGUGAUCAAGCUGGGCGGUGACGUGGCGGAGAGGGAGGACGAGAUCCUGCCGAUCGCCACGCCGAUCGCUCAGUGGUUGGGCGCCAGCAACUCCUGCAUCAAUCCGAUCCUCUACGCGUUCUUCAACAAGAAGUAUCGGCGUGGCUUCAUCGCCAUCUUGAAGAGCGGUCGGUGCUGCGGCAAGCUCAGGUAUUACGAGACCGUCGCGAUGAUGUCCUCCUCGACGAGCAUGAGGAAGUCCUCCUACUACGUCAACAACAAUAACAACAACAACAACAACAACUCGUCGACAAGACGCGUUUGGCACGGGCCGCCUGUUCAUCAGGACAGCAAUGUCUCCUACAUAUUCAAUCACACUGGCGUGUAAUCAAGGCCAGUGAGUCGAGGAUGUCCUGAAGUAGCCUCGCUUAAUGGUGCAAAUUAAUACACCUGGCCGACCAUGGGAAUAAACCGAAGAGCACGCGGUGGCCUCUGCGUCUCAACCGGUCACUCUGAUGCACGGUUGAACCCAGAAUCUGGCCGAAGUCCGCCGGUUCGAGAAUUAUGGGUCAUCCCCUGGGUGAUCGACGUGAUCGUUAAUCGAACCGGAAAUUGCUGACGGCGAAGACGAGCGGGAGGGAAAGGAAUUGAGAGCAUCUUUUCCGACGAGCCACACGGAACGAUCGUCGCCCUGCCGGUGUCGAGACGACGUCCUUCGGAUUUUGUCAUAGCGUUGCCACUACACGUAUAUGUAUAUUACUAGUUGUUAAGAAGUGUUUGCCGCUGCAGCCACGCCGCGGUUGUGCGAUUGUUCGCCCAACGACACGACAAAAUAGCUUUCUAGGUGAUCCGAAGACGCGAGGGCGGAGCUACGCUUUAACAACCCUUAGAGUUUCUUCUAUGUCGAGAUAUUUGUACGCCAUUUCGAGAAUACGUUUGUGUGAGAACGGGAAAUAUAUGUGUAUACAGGGUGUCCCAUUUUAUAUUUGUCAGUAAAAAUGGCCGCCAUGAUG